GAAGGCGGAGCGAGCGCGCCGCCGGCCAGUGCGCUGCCGGGGCGGAGGGCGGGGCGUGGGCGGUGCCCGGCCUUCCCGCUCCCGCGGCGCCCUAACUCUGCGGAGCCUCCUUAAAACUCUGCCGUUAAAAUGGGGGCGGGUUUUUCAACUCAAAAAGCGCUCAAUUUUUUUCUUUUCAAAAAAAGCUGAUGAGGUCGGAAAAAAGGGAUAAGAAACCGGCACGGUCCCUUCAGAGGCAACCGUAGCAGCAGUUGCUUCAGCGGAAAAAGAAGCAAAGGAGGGAGGGAAGGGAAAGAUCCUAAAGGAAAGACGCGCAAGUGCUUGUAGCGAAGAAGGGAGCUGCGAUCAGAGAUUUGGGGGAGUCGGACUACAAAAGAAACUGUCAGCCGCGGCUCACAACGGGCCGGCGCAGCCUGAGUCGGCUCCGGGACCCAGCUGGCUGGCAGCCGCGGACAGGACAGCGGCACAGAGAGGGGCACAGGCCGGAGGACCGCCAAGAACUAACUGGCCAAGUGGCACCGAGCGCCCGAGCUGCUGGGCGGCCGCCAAGAAGUCGGCGGGACUGGCUGCGCCCGGGACCUGUGGCGACCGCUCCUACUUCCAAAGACCCUUCCCAUCAUCAGAGGCCCCAGAAAAAUCUGAAAGAGAGGGAAAGACCGCGGCAGAGGCGACCGCCGCCGCUCAGCAACCGCUUGCAGUGGAGAGUCUGAUCUAGCUCGGUCGUAGGCGGGAAGUUACUGGUGAGCUGGCCCGGUGCAGGCGCGAUGCUACGGCGAGCUGCCCCAGCGACUGGAGCUCCAUAGACGCAGCCCUGCAUCAUCCUCUGGCUGCCAGGAAUCCCGGGACCCGGCGGGGCCGGCAUGACGGGCUUGGCGGGGGUCUGCCGCACACCCACCAGCCUCCGGAGACCCGCACCGUGCCCGGCUCCCACGGCCUCUGAGGCUCGGCGGGGCUGCGGCAGCCUGGCGGGCGGGCUCCGGAGGCUCUUCUGAAGACGCCGAACCCGCUGGGGAGUCGUUGAGACCUGAGAGUUGAGGGCUUCAGAACUACUGCUCUGGUCUGCCUUCGGCAAUCAUCUUUAACCCUCCCGAGCACGUCAGCAUCCAGCCAGCGCGGCACUCUGCUAGCGAGCAGCACUCUGGACUACCCCCUUCGGCGAGACGGAUGGAAAGUGAACCCUGCGGAGGACCUGACUCUGAAAUCGUGCCUCAAGUCACCACUGCGAACAAGGGUGGGUUAAUAACUUUUCUACUCUCCAAUACUUUUUCUUUCGCGGUGUUUUCUGAGCUGACCUAGUCCCUUAAGUCUCCGCAACAUCCUCCUCACAGAGCUGUGAAGCUUAGAUACGUGACAGCUCUGUCUACAUCUACGUCCAUAGUAAUUAAUCAAGAAAUGCUUCUGUGUAUGUAUCUCCGUUGAAUAACCAGAAUCCUUCUUAGGGGUUAAGCUAAAAAGCUAGGGAAGGAGCCCCUCUCCAAUGGGCUCAGUUUUGCUGAAUAAUCACGUGUGAAUCGAGGGGCGGGCUUUUGGCAGGCCGACCUUACUAGUAUUUACUACCAAGCUCUACUCCAGAUUAACCAUCCCAGUCCUUCUGUCAGCCUCCGAUGCCAUCAUGCAGCCUGAUUAGGAGCAAAGGAAAGGGGAAAAAGAGAAGCAACUAAUCGUCUUUUCCCGAUCGUCAGGACCCUAAAGAAUGGCCGAGCCUUGGGGGAACGAGUUGGCGUCCGCAGCUGCCAGGGGGGACCUAGAGCAACUUACUAGUUUGUUGCAAAAUAAUGUAAACGUCAACGCUCAAAAUGGAUUUGGGAGAACUGCGCUGCAGGUUAUGAAACUUGGAAAUCCGGAGAUUGCCAGGAGACUUCUCCUCAGAGGUGCUAAUCCCAAUUUGAAAGACCGAACUGGUUUUGCUGUCAUUCACGAUGCUGCCAGAGCAGGUUUCCUGGACACUGUACAGGCUUUGCUGGAGUUCCAAGCUGAUGUUAACAUCGAAGAUAAUGAAGGGAACCUGCCCUUGCACUUGGCUGCCAAAGAAGGCCACCUCCCUGUGGUGGAGUUCCUUAUGAAGCACACAGCCUGCAAUGUGGGGCAUCGGAACCAUAAGGGGGACACCGCCUUCGACUUGGCCAGGUUCUAUGGAAGAAAUGAGGUCAUGAGUCUGAUGGAGGCAAAUGGGGUUGGGGGAGCCACGAACCUGCAGUGAAUGUGUGGUCUCACCCACUGCCUUCACUCUGUCGGUUAGUUGUUUGGCUGUCCUGUUUUACUCUCACUUAUUAAAAUAUAGGGCUUCGUUUUGCUUCGUUUUCAUAUUUUAAGCAGCUAGUCAAAUCCUUCGAAACUGCCUAAAUGGAAAUCUUACUACAAGUUUAUGAAAUAUUUAAACAUCUUUUUCCCUGUCAAAAUUCUGAUUUCUAACAUGUAAUUGCAUAUAGUUAUGCCUUUCUUCUGGAUAUUUUAUCUUUGUUUUGUUUUUUUUUCCUUUGCUUACCUUUUGCCAUUCUCAAUGUCUGAUUUGGAGACUUUGUUUUAAAAAUUAUUUGUCCUGAUGCAUCUUUUGCCUAAUUAAAGCACAUUUUUCAGAAGAGGA